AUGGGCGAACCAGAAGUCAACCAGGACCGUGCACUUCCGCAUAAGAAGAGGAAGCCGAGCGACGAUGAAGCCGAGAAAGUUCACCAAGUGCCUGGCAGGCCAGUUUUGCAGAGGCGCCAUAGUACCAUUCCUGCCAUGCAGCCACCGUCACUCGGCCGCGAACGUCAUAGGCGAGCGUCAGCCCGGAACUGGCAGAAGCAGAAGCAGCACAGCGCCGACCUCGAAUCAGCCAAAGAUACCGCCGAGGCUCGCAAUCGAGAACUCCAUCAAGAGCACUCGAAAAUUCUGAAUCAGGUCAUGAACCUCAAGAACGCUCUCAUGGAUCACGCCGAGUGCAACCAUCCAGCUAUCAACGGGUGGCUCCGCUGCCAGGCGGCUAAUUAUGUUCUCACUAAGGGUGGAUCAGUCGACAUGGGAUGGAAGGGUGAGGUUGAAUCUGGUGCGGGGUUGGGCUAG